GCUUGCCCAUCAUCAGGAUCAUCAAGAGGACCACCAGGACCACCAGGGCGAGAUGGACGAAGGGGUAAACAAGGAGGGAAAGGUCCGCCCGGACCUGAAGGACCGAUAGGAGACAAAGGUAAUCCUGGAGAAUCUGGGCCGCAAGGUGUGGCAGGACCGCAAGGAGAAACAGGAGAAGAAGGAGAUGUAGGUGAUAGGGGACUUCAGGGUCCAAGAGGAAUGGAUGGAGGAUAA